AUGUCGCCCUCCAACAACACCCGUCUAUUUGAGCCCCUUCAGUUGGGCACAGUCACCCUCUCCCACCGCAUCGCCAUGGCCCCCUUAACCCGCUUCCGUGCCCUCGACAGCCACGUCCCCCAACUGCCUCUCGUAGCCGAGUACUACACCCAGCGCGCAUCCAUCCCUGGCACCCUGCUUAUCACCGAAGGCACAUUCAUCGCCCAGCACGCCGGCGGCCUGCCCAACAUACCCGGGAUCUGGAACGAAGACCAGAUUAAGGCAUGGAAGGUUGUCACAGAUGCGGUGCAUGCCAAGGGAAGCUUCAUCUUCUGUCAGUUGUGGGCUUUGGGGCGGGCUGCAAACCCCAAGGUUGCGGAGGCGGAGGGGUUUAAGGUGAAGAGUUCGAGUGCUGUGCCGAUUGAAGAGGGGGGCGUCGUGCCGGAGGAGAUGACGGUUGAGGAGAUCAAGGAGAUGGUAAAGGCGUAUGCGAAUGCGGCGAGGAAUGCGAUUAAGGCGGGGUUUGAUGGGGUUGAGAUCCAUGGGGCGAACGGGUACUUGGUGGAUCAGUUCAUUCAGGACAAAUGCAAUCAGAGGACGGACGAAUAUGGAGGGAGUGUUGAGAACAGGUCGAAGUUCGCGGUUGAGGUUGUGAAGGCUGUGGCUGGGGCUGUUGGACCAGAGAAGACAGCAAUCCGGCUCAGUCCAUGGAGCCGGUUCCAGGGUAUGAAGAUGGAUGAUCCAAGGCCACAGUUUUUGGAUGUGAUUAGGAAGAUUUCUGGGCUUGGGCUGGCGUAUCUGCACCUCGUGCGGAGCGGCGUCGGGGGUCCGAACGACUUUAAUCAGGCUGGGGAGGAUGAGACGCUUGACUUUGCUGUGGACUUGUGGGAUGGCCCCGUCCUCAUUGCUGGAAAGCUUACACCUGAGACUGCUAGGGAUCUGGUUGAUCAUCAGUACAAAGACAAGAAGGUUGUGGCUACUUUUGGGAAGUAUUUCAUCUCGAAUCCCGACUUGCCGUUCAGGAUCAAGGAGGGUAUUCCUUUGAACCCAUAUGACAGGAGCACUUUCUACACGCCAAAAUCUCCUGUCGGGUACACAGACCAGCCUUUCAGCAAGGAGUUCCAAGAGUCACAGACCUCGACACUCUAG